AUGCUGCUCGCCGUUCGAAACCGAGCCCUGCGUUCGGCCGUUCUCACCACACGAGCCAGUCUGGCGCGUCGCACUUUCGCCCAGGUAUCCGACGCAGCUGCUGUUGCGUCCAAGUCUGGCAACCUCGAUGUCGAGCCUUACCUGCUUGAGGAGCAUCCUUCGGUUCUGGCCGGAGACAAGGAUGCGAUCGCUAAGCUUCCUCCGUUUGUUAUUUCUCGCGAGCGCGGAUUUCUGCCACGACAAGAUCCGCUUGUCGACAUGCCACCUGCGUUUUCUGGUCUGUCGUCCUUGCUUGAUCGGAUGACCAUCCACCAGCCUGCUGAUGCAUCUGGACACCGAGCCACCGGUCUUCUUGGUAACGGCGAGUUUGGAGACGCCGUCCUGGACGAGCUCAAGCCGGACGGUGUCGAGGCCAAAGCCGUCGACGCUGCCAUCGAGGCGGGUGAUUCUCACCUGCUCGCAGCUCUGUUCCGCGAUUACUGCUUCGCCACCUCGGCGUACCUGCUCGAACCAGUUGACCGCGCGUUCCGCGAAACUGGCUUUUACACCCAGGGCCGAUCAGUGCUUCCGCGUCAACUCGCUGUGCCGCUCAAAAAGCUCGCCGACAAACUCGGACACUUCCCUUACAUGGAGUACGCUUCGUCAUACGCACUGGUUAACUACCUUUGCAAAGACCCUCACUUCCAGGGAAACGCCGGAAAGUAUAGCUUCGACAACAUGGAGCUCAUUCGAUCGUUCGAAGACGCCUCUGGUUCCGAGCGAGGAUUCAUCUUGGUGCAUGUUGAGAUGGUUUCGUAUACGGGCAAGCUUGUUUCUGCUACCGAGGACGCAUUGCGUGCUUGCAACAAGCGCGACGUCAAGGCGUUCGAAGAAGCGUUUGAGCGACUGCUGUUGGUGUAUCGCAAGAUCAACGAGAGUAUGGAGACCAUGUGGUCUCGAUCUCUGCCUCAGGAUUAUCUCAAGUACAGGAGCUUUAUCUUUGGUACGGGACCGAAGAAGAUGAACGCCAUGUUCCCGCAAGGAGUCGUAUACGAGGGCGUGAGCGACGAACCGCAAUUCUACAGGGGGGAAUCCGGUGCCAAUGACUCUAUUGUUCCUACUGGUGACAACUUGCUCGAAAUCACGGCACACAUGCCCAACAACGAUCUUACCAAGACACUGCGCGAUUUCCGUUCGUACCGACCCAAGAACCAGCGCGAGUUCUUGCAGCAGCUCGAAGCAAGGGCUACCUUGGCAGGCGUCCGUGCGUUCGCCAUGUCGAGCAGUGCCAGGUCCAAAGCGCUGUAUGUGCUACUCGUCGACCAGAUCCGUGAGUUCAGAAACCGACACUGGAUGUUCACCAAGAGCUACAUCAUCCAACGUACCUCUUACGACAUCGCCACAGGCGGAAGCCCCAUCCUCCAGUAUCUGCCAAACAACCUCAGUGUCGUACUCAAGGUGUUGGAGGAAAGCUUCGACGACUUCACCACCGCCGAUGCUACUGAGCUCGGCAAUGCAGUCGACGCCAAAUCUGCCAACCACCGAAUCUCCAACGUGGAACUGCUGCAAAACGUCACUGCCGCAGGUAAAAGGGCGGGCGCUCAAAGAAGGAUGUUGGAGAGGGAGGUGGCAGAGUUGCUCAAGGAGAAGGAGGACAGGAUCCAGAAAUUGGGAGGCGACGUCGAGAAGGGUAGGGGUAUGUUGGGUGAGCCAAAGGAGAUGAAGCGUGGUGCUGUUGGUUGCGACGGUGUCGGUUGA